AUGAUCGGUGGCCAAAGCUGGAAGGUCUUCAAGGGUAGGGUAGAGACUUGGGAUGUCUACUCUUUUGUCGCUUCGAAUGAAUUGACAAACUACAACGCCGACUUGAAGCCUUUCUUUACCUACUUGAGCUCAUCGCAUGGUGUGAGCCUCAACCAAUACCUCGUCGCUCUACAGGCUGGUACUGAACCCUUCCAGAAUGACGGCCAGAGGGAUGAUACCACCCCGGCGUGGCAGCGUUUCUCGAACAUGGGAUUAUCGGCUGCUUCUGUAGCCACUUCAUUUGGAUUUACUGCCGUAACGAGAGGAACACAACUAGGGUUUGGAAUUGCUCGAGGCAUCACGUCCGCUGUGGCCUAUAAUUCCACUGCGUUAGCCGAAAACGUCAUACUUGGCGAACAAAUCGGUGUGGCAAAAACUGUGGGGAGGGCUAUCAACUCUGCAUUUGGUAUCGCCGAAUCUGUUGCUCUUGCUCCAAUCCACCUAGGUCACAACAUAGCGAGUACAUCACUCGUAGCAGCAUCCUCCUCCCUGGAAUUGCUCGUGUGGAUGUUUGGAACUCAAGAAGUUGGAUUUUCACUUGCAGAAUUCCGCACGCUCAUCCAGAGAGAAUGGUCCGAUCCCCCUGGAGCAGAAACUCUUCCUCCAGAGAGAUACGGAGCCGCGAGCAUAGCUCGAGCACUGGUAGCAUGGGCUGCACUCCAAGAUGCGACUAGUAGUUGGGGGAUACAAAGAUGCCUAAGGAAUUCGCGAGAAAUUUCAAUGGCUGAAUGGAGAGGAGAAAUACAGCUUGAGCCAUCUUCAGACACCGAUUACGAACCGUUGGGGGAGGAUUUUGAGAUUGUCAUCACGUCGGAUGAGGAGCUCCCAAAUGAUGGAGGGACACUCGUAGAGGCCCAAAUCUCACGUUUCAGGCCACCUGGCGCCUAUGUGUGGGGGGAACCAGAAGAACUUUCUCCUAGUCCUUCGAGUGAAUCUACCGCGUCUUCAAGAUCUGUCACCCUAUUGAAUGAAACGACUCUACCUCCUGCUCCACAAGGUGUGGUUGAUUGGGCUCACCUCCGCCCUAUACUUCGCCGUAUGUCCCACCUAGUUGUUGGUGGAUAUGGCGGCGCUUCGUUCUUAUUCUUUGGUUUAACAUUCCCAUCAACCGGAGAAUCAGACGACCCGACUAAAGUGCAGGAUGCUACAUCUUCGGAGAAUGGCCAGAGUAUAUCUAGAAUUGUUCAGGAGGCUGAAUCCGAGGCACGCGUGCCACCGCCCCGACCGGCUGAACCAAGCCGAACAUGGUGGGGUCUCAUAACUGGGCGGCAUGAUCAAGAAAUAUUCGAGCGUUUUGCUGAGCAUGGUGCAGAGAAAGUGGAAGGGAAAGCCAAUACAGCGACGUUGGGCGAUGCAAGCCGUUUGCCUAGGUUUUGGGUUUUGACGGACCAUGGGAGGAGGCAAAUAGUGCUCGUAUUGAGGGGAACUUACUCGCUAAACGAGCUAGCUAUCGACCUGACUUGCGAACCGGUCCCAUUCAUACCUGUGCGAGAAACGCCCGCGUUCAAGUCCAAGGACGAUUCCCAGAAUCAUGACACAGAGCAAGGAAAUGAAACGCACUUUGUGCAUGGGGGGAUGCUAAAGACAGCUGAGCUUAUGGGUCUACCUGGGAGGCCUGUCCACGCGGCAAUCGCAAAGGCACUUGGGAAGAAUCGUGGUUAUGAUCUCGUAUUAACCGGACAUUCCCUUGGAGCCGGAGUGGCCUCCUUACUUUCUCUGAUGUGGGCCGACCCUUCAACCGGACUUACAGUUCGUCGAAGUGGACUUCCGUCUCACAGACGUGUAACAGCGUAUUGCUUUGGUCCACCGUGUAUCAUGUCACCUGAGCUAUCGAAAUUGGCCAAGUCUAUGGUCACUUCUUUCGUUUAUUCUCACGACAUCGUCUCGACACUGUCACUUGGGUCUGUCAGAGAUAUGCAACGUGCGGCUGCGUGGUUGUGUGUUGGAUCUGGCGAUGAGAGUUGUGGGAGUGUAUUGAGCAAAGCUACCAGGCGGAAAUUUGGGCGACAAGGCGAAGAGGAAGAAGCGCAAGCCACUGAGAAAUGGCUGUUGGCAUUCCGAAAAACCCUGGAGGCAAACAUGAAUAUGGCUGAUCUAUUUCCACCUGGACGAGUUCUUUGGGCGCUUAACGACUGCGAUGUUAGCCAACAAACGACUGGGAACUCCAACCCUGUCCAACCUGGCGUUUUACGACUCUUUGAAGUUGAUGAAGUGGAAACGGCCUUUUCUCAGAUCGUGUUUUCCCGGGAUAUGCUCUCUUCUCAUUUGCCGCACAACUACAAUCGAGUUAUUCAAGAGCUUCUUUAA